CACAGAAGAAGACAGAAAUCGUUUCCUGGAGACGCCAGCUGUGUGAUUGAUGAGAAAAAAAAUGUGCGUAUCCCUGCAUAUAAUUGCUUUUCCUAAACUAUCUGGACUUUAAUACGCUCCUAGUUGUCUGCAGAUUGUUUGAAGUUUACGAUAAAGUAUGAGCACUAAGAGAAGAUAGAGCUGCAGAAUAGAAGCCAUCUCUUUUUCAAGUCAAUAAUCCGCCGUGAUGGCAUCAGAGGACGAAAUCAACCUCCUGGUGAUCGUCGUGGAUGUAAACCCCAUAUGGUGGGGGCAGCAGGCUCAGCGGGAUCCACAGUUCACCCUGUCCAAGUGUAUGGAUGCAGUCAUGGUGAUGGGCAACGCUCACAUGGCCAUGGCUAGGACAAACAAGCUGGCUGUCAUUGCUAGCCACUGCCAGGGCAGUCACUUCCUGUAUCCCAGUAAGAGCUGGAGUGGAGAAGACGGUGGUGGCAAUGAUGUAUCCUCAAGCGGAGAUGGAAAAUAUGAACUCCUGUCUGCUGCCAAUAACCUUAUUGCUGAAGAGAUCAGGAACAUAAUGUCAAAAAUUGAAGUGACGGGAAAUUCAACAGAUACUUUGUUGGCCGGAUCCCUCGCCAAAGCUCUCUGCUAUAUUCACCGGCUCACGAAAGAGCUGGAAGUUGGACAAGAGAUUAAAUCAAGAAUACUGGCGGUAAAAGCGGCUGAGGACUGCGCUCUCCAGUACAUGAACUUCAUGAAUGUGAUUUUUGCUGCUCAGAAGCAGAACAUCCUGAUAGAUGCCUGUGUGUUGGAUUCGGACUCUGGUCUCCUUCAGCAGGCUUGUGAUAUAACUGGAGGAUUGUACCUGAAGAUACCACAGAAAGUCGCCCUUGCACAGUAUCUGUUGUGGGUGUUCCUGCCUGACUCUGAGCAGCGGUCACAGCUGGUGCUACCGCCGCCUGCACACGUGGACUACCGAGCUGCGUGUUUCUGCCACCGUAACCUCAUUGAAAUCGGUUACGUGUGCUCAGUUUGUCUAUCCAUAUUCUGCAACUUCAGCCCCAUUUGUACUACAUGCGAGACUGCCUUCAAAAUCCAGCUACCACAGAUAGUCAAGCCCAAAAAGAAGAAACUGAAACAACCAAUGUGAUGGGGGUUUUGUGUUUGUUUUUUCACACUAAUACAGUGAAUUUAAAGAUGCUUGUGAGGUAGUAUAGCCUUAUGGACAUGUUGAGUAACACCGAUUGUCUUCAUGUUCACUGAGGCUGGUACUCAUGUUUGUAAAAACAUAAUUCAGAUAUGACUGAAAAUAAGUCUUAUUUUCUUCAUCUUGGGUAAAAAUCACUCAUCCAAAAUUAAAACAGACACCGUUUUGUGGUGAUUUAAUUAUUUUUACAUUAAAAAGACACCGUAAUACCGUAUGUUUUUGUUUCAUUUUUUACAAUAAUCGUAAUAGUGCUGUCUCCAUCAUCGUAAUCUCAGAAAGGUUUGGGUGGUUUUUUCCUCCACAAAAUAAGCCUUUAUUAACAGAGUACUGCAAAUCAGACAUGUUCUCACAGUCAGCUCAUCAUCAUUUCGGAUAAAUA